ACCUCCUUUCUGUUGAAAGAAUCCUCUCUUAAAUUUUGACAAACACAGCUUUACACUCGUCUCCUCUUCCUUCUCCCUUCCAUCGCCGCUCUUGAUUCGCCAAUUCCCCCAAAAUUGAACUGUGUUGUGCCGCCGUGUUUACGAUUCCAUGAACACCGCCGAUGUCGUCAUCUCCCUUCAAGCGCAAACUCGACGAUUACGCCGACGAUGACUCUCCUCCUUUCUCCAUAAACCCUAGUAAGAUGCGAAAGGACCACUCUACCCUCCCCUCCCCCUCCCCCCUCUUCCGAUCAUCCUCCCGCCCCCUCCAAUUCUUCGUCCGUAUACUCUCCGACCGCACCCUAGUCCUCCGCGCCGACCCCUCCGACACCGUCGAAUCCAUCCAUGGCAAAAUCCAGGCCAUCACCGGAAUUCCGGAAUUCGAACAGAGCAUCAUCUACAGCGGAAGGCAGCUCCAGUUUGAUCAGACCCUAGCCGAAUGCAAAGUGCAGAACGAUGCCAGUCUCUAUCUCGUCGGCCGAAUGCGCAGCACGGGGCAUCCGAAGGCGUGGAAGCUCAUCAACAACGUAAUCAAGCUGAUUUUCAAGCUUUGCGGGAGCAAAUCUCCGGUCUAUGUUACACAGACGGUGAAGGUGAUGCUCGCGGAGUUCAUGUCUUUGAUUUCACAGACGGACGUGGAGAAAGCAACUGAGCAUUUGCAGAUUUUCAGUGCUUCGUCGGCCCCCAAAGCGCUAGUCAUGCUCUAUAUGUCUAAGGACAAUAGAGGCGCGGCAGAUGAGGCUAUUAGGCAUUUCGUCACCUCGAGUAAGGGAAUUCUUCAUGUGAUGCAUAAUAUGAGAGGUGAGUUUGUGCCUAUAAUUUUGGAAUUCUGUAGAUUGUUAAAGAAGGCAGCUGGAGUUGAUGAUCCAUUGUAUUGUUUAUGCCGAAGUAGUUUAGCGGGAAUGGUACCGAAUACCGAGCUUGGAGAAAAGGCCAAAACUGGGAUUCCAGAUAUAUUUCCUUUUGUUCAGGAGUUAUCAGCUAAACUCACCAAUGAUUUCGCGUUGAGUACGCAGUCAAUGCCUUUUCCCGGGCCUUCAUUGUCUGAUAUACGAGAUUUCGCUUCAUUUGUGGCACCAUUCAUUAAGGAGAUUGAGGGCUUUUGUGAUCCUAUUAAAUUUCCAUCGGACUUUCGUAGGGCGUGUCGUUAUGGGGAAGAAGCUAGAAUGUUGUAUAAAAUUUUUCAUGAUCUAUUACGUACAUUCGAGAUGCGUUUGAAGAUAGUGGAGGACUGUAUGAACAAUGAUGUGAAACAGGAUUAUGGUAUCCUUUGUGUUGGAUCUUGUCAUCACCUUGAAUUUGCCAAGGAACUUCAUAAAAUCUCAAAAAUUUACAGUGGUUGUGAUUGUUUAUUUUGGGAAACCAUGAAGAGAUACAAGGGGGCUUUCUGUAAUCUUGUUGUCAGGUGUGCAAAGAGGAGUGAGGACCAUACUUGGAUUAUGGAGUGUAAGGAAGUGACCAACUUUGAGGUGAGGAGACAUUUAGCAAUGAUGAAGCUUCCCGAGGUGAAGGAUGACUACGGGGAGAUACAUGAGAUGCUUAUUGACCGCUCACAUUUGUUGGCAGAAUCAUUUGAGUAUAUGAAAAAUGCUGAAAUUGAGUCCUUACGUGCUGGUUUAUUUAUGGAGUUCAAGAAUGAGGAAGCCACUGGACCUGGUGUUCUACGGGAGUGGUUUUUCUUGGUAUGCCAAGCAAUCUUCAACCCUCAAAACGCCCUCUUUGUAGCUUGCUCUAAUGAUCUUAGAAGGUUCUAUCCAAAUCCAGCAUCUAAAGUGGACCCAAUGCACCUAGAGUAUUUUAGGUUCUCUGGAAAGGUGAUUGCCUUAGCCUUGAUGCAUAAGAUACAAGUGGGCAUUGUGUUUGAUCGGCUAUUCUUUUUGCAAUUGGGCGGGCGUACAAUUACCUUAGAAGAUAUAAGGUAUGCAGAUCCCUUGUUAUAUAACAGCUGCAAGCAAAUCUUGGAGAUGGACCCGGAGCUCAUUGAUCAAGAUGCCUUAGGCCUAACAUUUGUUCAUGAAGUUGAGGAGCUGGGAACAAGGAAGACUGUUGAUCUGUGCACUGGCGGGGAAAAUAUUGCUGUAAAUAGUGAAAAUAGGAAGAAAUAUGUUGAUUCUCUUAUACGGCACCGGUUUGUAUUAGCUAUUGCUGACCAGGUAAAGCAUUUUGCUAAAGGUUUUGAGGACAUUAUUGGUUGUCCUCGUCUCCAAAAAUCUUUCUUCAAAUACUUGGAACCAGAAGAUCUGGACUGGAUGCUACAUGGCAGUGAAAGUGCAAUCUGUGUGGAUGAUUGGAAAGCACAUACCGAGUAUCAUGGCUUCAAGGAAACAGAUGAUCAGAUAUCCUGGUUUUGGAAGAUUGUCGGAGACAUGACAGCGGAGCAGAAAAAGAUUCUACUCUUCUUCUGGACCUCAAUCAAAUUUUUACCCGUUGAAGGUUUCAGAGGUUUAGCUUCUCGGCUUUACAUCUACAAGACUUCUGAAUCCCGUAGACGGCUUCCUUCGUCUCAUACAUGCUUUUACCGAUUGUGUUUCCCUGCAUACCGGACCUGUAAUGUGAUGCACGAUCGUCUUAACAUUAUCACUCAGGAGCAUGUAGGAUGCAGCUUUGGGACAUGGUGAAAAUAUGUGGAUUCGGGUCAUUGUGCAGAAAAUAGAAAUUCUCAGUCUUUUUUGUACAUAAUGGAUGACUCUAAAGACGACGACCUUUUUUUUUUGCAACUAGACGAAAAUCGAAAUGAGAAUGGUGAUAAAUUACAGUUGUAACAUGUAGCGACCUCUAUUUAAACUGUUGAUAUGGGUAAUAUAAAAGGCGUGAAUGGUGACAA